AACUCAAUUAUAUUGGUCUUGAUCGGGGUUUAGCCACGACUCAUCUCUCGCUUAUAUAAGUAACCCGAAGGAAAGAUGCCACGUCCCUUAUAAUUCUUUUUGGGAAUAUCAAAAAUUGGUGUUUUGCUUCCAUCCCAAGGUAUUCUCAGCUUCGUCGUUGCUGACCUCAAUUAGAAACAUAGUCCAAUUCUCCUUCAUAUUUUCCCUACAAACUCCAAAAACAAAGAAGUUAAACUCCUGCUACUAAAUUUCAAAGAAAAACUUGGCAACGCACACAGGCCUCUGAAGAAGAUUGUUCAUGAAGACAUGUCAGCUUUUUCACUUGUUUAUUAUUGAAUCAGUUAUAAGUUCCCCCAAUGAAUAGAAAGCGCAAGGAUGGUGUUAGGGCUAGUAAUAAGAAUUCCCAAGCAAGAAGAAAUGGACGUGAAUCAGUAGAAGACACUAUUGAAAAGAGGAAGCAGUACAACAACAACAACAACCAACUUCAAUUUGUUGAAGAAGCUGGCUUCAGAAAUAUCUGUAAGGUUCCGGCCAAGGGUUGUAUGCGAGGGAAAGGAGGGCCAGAGAACUCCACAUGUAAGUUUAGAGGUGUACGACAAAGGAUUUGGGGCAAGUGGGUAGCAGAAAUUCGACAACCAAUAAAUGGGGUUCGUGUAGGAAGUAGAGGAAACAACAGUUUUUGGCUUGGAACGUUGUCUAAUGCCAUUGAAGCAGCUCUUGCUUAUGAUGAGGCUGCAAAGGCUAUGUAUGGUCCUUAUGCUCGCCUCAAUUUCCCUGAUCAUUCCAAGGAUUCGGUGGAUAACUCCAACAAAUUGUCUGUUUCAUCUGCCACUGAAGCAUGUUCAACUGAUUAUACUUCAAUAUCAUAUUCGGAAGAUGAAAAAGGUAAGGAAUCAAAUAUUAAUUAUGCGUCCCCUGCGGAAGAACUUAAAUCUUCUGAGCUUCAUAUAGUUGAAGAAGCGAAGGUCUGCUUAGAGGAUAAAUCGAUGGAGAAACAUGAUUGUUCUCAAGUUUAUAUAAAGGAGGAAGCAGGAUGUGUAGCAGAUGACAACACCGGAACAGAAUGCAUUUCAAGAAAUGACUGCAAACCUUAUAAAGAGCAUGGAGUUGAAGUUGAGACGUUAAAAGAAACCAUGGAUGAUGAACUUACUGAAGUUAUGGGAAUCCACAACUUUAAUGGAAUCAAGGAUACAAAUGAUUACUUGCACAAUGAGCUCAAAGAUGAGGAAUGCCAAUCAACGAUCAAUUUUAUGUAUUCUGAUGAUUAUAAUCUGCAGACACCCUUUAAGAGGAAAGAAAUGGAAUCAGAAGUAGAGCUAUCGCAAAUUAUUAGAUCAAGACCUAGCGGCUUCAAUUUUAGAUACAAUUACUUAGAUAAUGCAGACCAAGAUGCAGGCAUUUCAGUUUUUAACUUGGAGCUUUCUAACGAUGUUAAAGUUGAGAAUCUAGUGACAAGGGAAAACUGGAAAGGUGAACUUGCUGGAAGUAUUGACUCAAUUGGUUAUAAUUUUUUCUUUGGUAAAGAUGAUAACCGUCUGCAAACAAAUGAUAGCCUCAGGUCAGAUAUUUAUUCUAAGCCCUUAUGUGAAAUGAAAGCAGAAGUGCCCAUAUUAAGGAAAGAAGUGGAGGUUGAACCUGGAGGAUUUACAGAUUUUUAUAGCCACAAGGGUUUUGAUACAAAUGUUUAUGAUAUCAUGCCUUAUGAGCCCGGAUUUGAACUGCCAACAACAAAUUAAUACUCGUACACCGGUUGAUUUCAAAGUUCAGACGCCUAUAAAUUAUGUUGGCAUUAACAGUUUUAAGAAUAAAUUGCACUUUCCGCAUAGUUUGUCAGCAGAAGUCAUAGCUGAUGAGAAGCCCUUUGCCUUAAUUAGAAACGGAAACGGCGGAUUGAGAGCAAAAGAAAAUUACGAUUCUGAUCAAUUUGAGUUUUCUUCUACGAGCUACCUUGAUAGAGGUUGGCUGGAGGACCCGAUCCAGGGUGGCUUCAACCAACAUGAGACAGGCCCUGAUGUAGAUUACAAUAUGGAAUUUUCGAGUCCUGAUGUUGAUUUGGACUUUGUGGAAGCAACAAAAUUGACUGAUUUAUGGUUUCCUGAGAGUGGAUUCUAGGAAUUUUGGGGUUUGUUUAAGAUGUGGCCCAAUAAUACUAGUACGAAUUUAGUAGCUGUGUAGCAUUGCAGUUAAUAUCAAACAUCUCAUAAGAUACCAUAUUCUUUCUCUUAGGAAAUUUUGUCGGAAGCCAUGUUACGCUGUGAUUAUUUGGGUUCAUUCUUUUCUUUGUUUCAGAUUUAGUCCUCCUUACGAAUUGUUUUCUCAACAUAUUUGCUGAGCAAGUAAAUGGAUUUUUACUUUUCCUGCUUUACUUCU